AUGACGAAACUGGAAAAGAACUCACCGGACAUGAAUGAGAUAAACACAAUUAACUUUGCUUGGCUAGAACCCGAACACAUCUUGACGUGCAACAAUAUCUUCGAAGAGGAAGAAGAAGCACAAGGAGACGGCCGUCCACUGCAAUGCCCAGAAAUCGACGUCGUCAUCCAAGGAAUCAAGACGAAAGCACUUAUAGACACUGGAAGUCAAGUCACUGCUCUCUCUGAAUCUUUUGUGAAUCAGUACAUAAAGAAUUUCAGACAUUGUCAUACACUUCCUAUAAAACAAAUCCUGGCCAAGACAGAAAUAGCAGGAGAAGGGUUAAACACCAUAUUUAUGGUAAUCCCUAAAUUAAUAAGGACCUGCAUACUCGGAAUAGACUUCCUACGGACACACCAGGGGAAGAUCGACCUCCGAGAAAACAAAAUCUACCUGAGCAACAAGGACGAACAACUUUCGAUCUCCUUGGCUCAGCCGAUGGAACAACCCAGCACGAAGGACUCAAUUCCAGAAUGCAACCCCAUCAACAAGGAAGAACCAGAAAGAGAAGACAGCAUUACCAUGCAAGAAGUCGAGGAGAAACUUGCCGGCUGCACGAAACUUAGCUCGUAUCAAUUAGACUAUUUCAAGAAGACCAUAUGGAAAUAUCGAGGUGUUUUCAAUAAGCGACCAG